ACACAACUGAACUUUUUCAUUUUCAGUUGAUUUGAAGUCUUCGGCAAAAAUGGACGUGUAACGGGAUUUUCACUUAACAAACACAAAAAAAAAGAAAACUAAACCGAAAAGGAAGAAAAUACAAAAAAAAAAGAAAUAGAAAAAAAAUAUUUAAAUUAAUUUUUUUUCUUUAAAAAAACAAUCCUUUUCUUUAACGCUCUUUAUUCCGCGAACGUCUUGCCGUCGUCGUCAUCGUCAUUGUCGUCGUCACCGUCUCUAUACGUCUCCACGUUGAUGUUGUCAUUUUGUUUUGUUUUUAUUACAAUUCAAAAUUUUCGUACAUUUUCAAUUAAAACAAAAAGAAUUUUUAACCUACAAUAACUUUGGUACUAGAUUUUCAAUACUUUCAACUACUUUUCAAAAAAACUACUACUAUUACCACUACUAAUACUACUAUUUACCAUCAAAAGUACCGUUAAGUGAAAUUAAAAAAAAAGAAAAAAGAAAAGACCGUUGUUUUUUUUUUUCUUCCGCCGUGUCGCGCUGCUGUGACAAAUCCGCUGCCGCCGCAUGUCAAAUUUUAUAUACCGUUGUUUUUAGCGUGUAUAUGUAGUUUUGUUUUCCUUCUAUUCUUCUGCCAUUCCGUUGUUCGUCCGUCUCGUCGUCGUCUUCGUUUUCACCUUCUCUGCCGUCGUCCUCACCCGUCGUCGUCGUCGUUGUCGUCGUCGCCUUAUACGUAUUGUAUUUCCAUCAUACACACUCCUCGCUCUUUGCGCUAUACCUAUUUUUCGUUCCGGAGGAAAAUUCGUCAUAACAAUAAAACGAAUUUCCCAUUUUCUUUGCUCUAGUGGUCGAUAUAGUAUUCGCAUAAUUUUCGUUUCUGUGUUGACAGCGAAAGAAAAUUUAGAAAAUUACUACACAACAACAAAAGAAAAUGUUCUUACUGUAAAUAGUGUAAAGUUUGUAAAAAUUAAUAAAGAAAAAAUAAAAAAAAUCAUAAAUUUAAUUUUUAAAAUUAGAAUUAAAAUUUAUAACAAAAAAAAAGUAGUUGAAAAAUUAACCGUGUAGUGCUUCAUUUGAAAAGUUUAAUAUAAUUAAUAAAUAAUAAUACGCCAAUAGUUUUGUAGCUGGGAUACGCUUUAAAAUUUACUAAAAUUUUUUAAAUAAUUACAAAAAAAAACUACUAAAAUAAUUAAGCAGAACCAUUGCAAAAAGGAAUACCAACUUUUUUUUGUUUUUAAUUAAUAAAGAAAAUAAUAAAAAUAAAAUAAAACAUAAAAAAAAAGUAUCUCGCGUGUGUAAAAUAAUAAAACAAAAAGUCAAAAAGGAAAACUACAUCGUCAUUAUAGUAAAUGCCUUUCGGUUAGGAGCAAACAAAAAUAAGGAUAUAAAAAACGGAUUAAUCCUGCUCACGAACCCAAAAGCACCUCAUUUCGACAAAAUACUAAAAAAAUCUAGGAUUAAUUUAUUUGUAACACAAAAAUACCCACAAAAAUACAACAAUAACAACAACAAAAACAAAAUACACUGUUGCAAUUUUAGAUAUAAUAUACUAUACACACAGUUACAGUUAUACUCUUACAGUCACAAUCACAGAAAGUAUCUCUAUAGCAAAAUAUACAAACAAAAAGAAAACUCUCAUAAAGCAGAAAUAAAAGGAAGAGGAAAUACAAAAUUCCAGAUGCAUUCAAAUGCUCGUGCAUGGAUGGCAGCAGCAAUAAUAAGUACACGAAGGAUCUCUGCAACCAUUUCCGCUGCAGUAGGCUGAGGGGGCAUAAAAUAGAAUAAGGAAAAAAUAGAAACAGAAAAAUAGAAAGAGAAAAAAAAAACAGAACACCCAGCUAUCCAGCUAUCAAAAAUCCUUUUUGUCCUGUCGGAAUCGGAACUGUCGGUGCGGAAGGAUUACAAUUUUGUAAAUUAUAAUCAACUUGCAAAAAUAAAAAAAACUAGCGUCGUAGUCAUCAUCGUCAUCGUUGGAGUCGGAGUCGGAGUAGGAGAGGAGAUAAUCUGUCUAUGAAAAGGAUUUUUGUUCCGUUUCAUCGUUUAUUAAUUACAUACUUCAAUCGAUCUUCAGGCCACCAUACUCUUACACCCAAUUCACAUCGAGGAUGUAACAACUACAACUACACCAAAAACAAAAAAAACAUCAUCUUAAGUUAAAAAAUUCUAAAUAAUUCUUAAUAUUAAUCUUAAAUUUACUUAGUUUAGACAACAACAACAAAAAAAUAGUAAUAAUAAUAAUAUACUAAUUUUUAAAAUAAAUAAAUCAAAAUGGUUUUCACAUAAGUGCUUUAGUGUCUCACAACAAUAUAAUUUUUAGAAAUCAAAAAAAUUGAAAAACAAAAAUUCUACGAUAAAUUUAGAUAAUUAAUAAUAAUAGUAAAUAUUAAUUAUAGAAUUGUAUAAUCAACACAAAAAUUAAAACGGUGUUCCGUGCUUUAUAAUUUAAGUAAACAAAAAGAAAAUAAAACAAAAUAAACUGCAAAUAGAAAAAUUUUAUUAAAUAAAUUUAAACAACAAAAAAACUUAGCCUUUAAUUUUUAAUAUUGAUAGUUGAUAAUUUUGUGAUAUAAUCAAAAUAUUUUUUUUUAUAAAAGAAAAGUGUAAUAACGUAAUUUUUAAAGUGUGCUUAAAUUAAUUAUUUUCUACACAAAAAAAAAAAAUAAAUAGAAAACGUGCGAUACAGAAAUUGUUUUGUAUAUAAAAAAUAAAAAUGAAAAUAUUAAAUUAAUAUUGCUUCACUAAUUGGAAAAUUUCAAAGAAAAAGUUCGUGUAAUUUUUAUUUCAUCGAAUUUCCUAGAAAACAAAAAAAUUAAAUUAAAUCAAAAUUCUUCAAAGAUAGUGCAUUAUUUUUAAUCGUAUUAAUUUUAAUUAUUAAAAAAUUAGAGUAAAACGAAAGUUAAAUUAAAUUAAAAAAAAAAAUGUUUUUUUAAAUAAAAUCGGUUCCAAGUAUUAAGUCAUAAAUUCAAUUAAAAGUGCUAAGUGGAAAAAUUAAAAAAAUAUAUCAAUAUCAAUCCCAAUACACAUCUCACAUCACAAAACAUAAUAAUAAGGACUCUUUAAUGUUAAACAAUAAUAAUAUCCUUCUUAACGUCAUCGUUCACUUAUGAUAAACAUCCGGAAGCUGUUCAACUAUAGCUUCUUUGGAAUUACUGUCAAAAUUGAAAUAAUCACGUAGAGGAAGUAAAGAGAAAAAAUAAAAACAUCACCAUUGCCACCAUGCCGGUUCGACGAGGACACGUGGCUCCAAAGACCACCCUAAUUGAGACGAUCAUCAGGAAAUUCGAUACGCACAAUCGAAGCUUCCUUGUCGCUAAUGCUCAAUCAGACACUAAUCAUAUCAUUUGGUGUUCGGAUGGCUUCUGCAAAAUGACCGGUUUUCCAAGGGCCGAGGUAAUGCAACAAUCUAGUACAACAGAGUUCCUGCAUGGGCCAAUGACAUCACAAAUGGCCGUCAACCUAAUUAGAGAGGCACUCGUCAAGGGCUAUGAGAAGCAUUUCGAGAUCCUCUACUAUCGCAAAAAUGGAACAAAAUUUUUGUGUUCAGAAAUAAUCGCACCAAUCCGCUCCGAAGUUGAUGACAUAUCCUUAUUCAUUAUUAAUUUUGAGGAUUUGUCAAAUCCAUCAGCUGUGGAGCCACCAUUAGUCGCAACACUAAGUAAAUUUGAUAGAGCUCGUGCUAGUUUUAAGCGUUCAUUUAGAUUUGGUAACUUAAGAGAAAGGGGCCUUAGAUUAGCUGGGUACUUGACACCGCCUUCCGAUGUUACCCAAGAAGAGGAGGAAGCGCACGAAAACCAAAUAACCCUCCCUAAAAUCGAGUCUGGUAAACUCUGGACGCCAAUGUCAACACCAACUCUACGAAGCAAAGAGACUGAAAAAUUACGUGAUUCCUUACGUUUAGAAGAUUUAAAAGUCAUUUUACCUGAAGUAACAUCUGUUGAGUACCGUUUUGAUUACAAAAAUGUUUAUUCUAAACCUACAGUUAUCACAACAACACAAAUAACAACUGCAAAAGACAAAUCAGAAUUUGUACAUACCAAAAGUUUAGAUUUCGAUAGUAGCCAAAUAAGAGAUGAGGAACAAAGACUUAUACAUGUUAAUGAAGUAAAUGAGACCGCUAAAACGGCAAGCGAUCGUCGUGGUCAAAUGCAAAAGCGAGCGCACACAAUAGACGAUUUUAUGACAGGUUCAACUGGUCAAACGUCCAGACAAUAUUUUCCCUAUGUCUCCUCAGAAAGUGAUCUACAACGAUAUAAAGCAAUUCCAAUCCGUCAAAAUGCAUGUCAAAGUGAAACACAUCACCAAAGGACAACAAGUUCAUCACUGUCAAAUGUGCCUUCAGAUUUGAAAUCAGACCGGAUAAAGGAUAAUGGAUCGGGGAAAUUUUUUCAAGGGAGUCGUCAUACUCCCAAUAUGGGAGAAAAAGUAGCACAGCCAACACUUGACCAGGUAUUAUCGCUUGGUGCUGAUGUCCUGCCAGAAUACAAAAUGCAAAGUCCUAGUGUACAUAAAUGGACAAUACUCCAUUAUUCACCAUUUAAAGCGGUGUGGGAUUGGGUAAUACUUAUAUUAGUUAUGUAUACAGCAAUUUUUACACCAUAUGUAGCAGCUUUUUUACUCGGCGAACCUGAUUAUCAGCGACGUACUAAUAAGUAUAUUAAUAACGAUCCAAUUGUGAUAGUAGAUUUAAUUGUGGAUGUAACAUUUGUGAUAGAUAUAUUAAUAAAUUUUCGCACAACAUUCGUAAAUGGCCAGGACGAAGUUGUAUCACAUCCUGGACGGAUAGCGGUUAACUAUUUAAGUGGAUGGUUUCUAAUCGAUUUGGUAGCCGCGAUACCCUUUGAUUUAUUAUUAGUUGGUAGCGAUACUGAUGAGCUUGGCUUGGACAACGAAGAGACUACAACACUGAUUGGACUCCUUAAAACCGCCCGCUUGCUGCGCCUGGUGAGGGUUGCAAGAAAAAUCGAUCGAUAUUCGGAAUAUGGGGCAGCGGUCCUUGUGCUACUCAUGGCAACGUUUGCCCUUAUUGCCCAUUGGUUGGCGUGCAUCUGGUAUGCAAUAGGAAAUGCGGAAAGAAGUAUGCUGCCAAAUAAUGUUGGCUGGCUGCAUUCGUUAGGAAAUGAUAUCCAGGAGCCGUAUUAUGAUAACAAAACAGGAGGCCCGUCGAUAAAGUCACGCUAUAUUACGGCACUUUAUUUUACAUUCACGUCGUUAACAUCGGUGGGGUUUGGAAAUGUCGCACCCAAUACAGAUGCGGAAAAAAUAUUUACAAUAUGUGUUAUGUUAGUGGGAUCCCUCAUGUACGCCAGCAUAUUCGGUAAUGUAUCGGCGAUCAUCCAAAGGCUCUACUCUGGUACCGCCAGGUAUCAUACCCAAAUGCUACGCGUACGAGAAUUCAUUCGAUUUCAUCAGAUACCAAAUCCAUUAAGACAACGUUUAGAAGAAUAUUUUCAACACGCCUGGACGUAUACCAAUGGAAUCGAUAUGAAUUCUGUAUUGAAAGGAUUUCCCGAAUGCUUGCAAGCUGACAUUUGUCUGCAUUUGAAUCGUAACUUGCUGACAAGUUGUCCAGCUUUCGAAGGAGCCAGUCCUGGUUGUUUGAGAGCUUUGUCACUUAAGUUCAAAACAACGCACGCACCUCCCGGCGAUACACUAGUUCAUAAGGGCGAUGUCCUGACAUCAUUGUAUUUUAUAGCACGUGGAUCUAUAGAAAUCCUUCGAGACGAUGUAGUUAUGGUUAUUUUAGGAAAAGACGAUAUUUUCGGUGAAAAUCCGUGUAUAUACUCGACAAUUGGAAAAUCAAAUAGUAAUGUACGAGCGCUUACUUAUUGUGAUUUACAUAAAAUCCAUCGUGAGGAUAUGCUCGAUGUCCUUGAUCUCUAUCCGGAAUUUUAUGACAGUUUUGUAAAUAGUUUAGUGAUAACGUACAAUAUGAGAGAUGAAGAACAAGCUGGUGUAGAGGUUAAACAUAGAUACAUGCGAGCCACAUCACAUGAUAGAGACAGAAGUACUAGUGAUACUAGAUCAAUUAGGCUUACUGGAGUUCAUAACAGACCUUGCAAGGCAAAUAUUUGUGAUAAUCCCAACGAGCGGCUCUCGCCAGGCGUUCUCAGUGAUACCGAUAAGGAUAUCACAAUAGGGAGUAAUGGUAAACCCCAUUAUCCGCGUACAGGACUGUACAUGAAACGAAAAAGUCAACAAUAUCAUCAAUACGAUCAGAGAACACUUAAAAAUGUCUUCAGCAUUCCAAAUGCAACGUCACCAACGGAAAGUCAUCAAAACACGCACAGAACCCGAACAAGUAUUGUUGGCAACUUGGGUGGUGGUGUUGAAAAUGGUGGCGGCAAUAUGGGAGUAGGUGGUGGAGGUGGAAGUGUUCCAGGUGUUGGCAAUGAAUCAUUCGAUCCACUGCUAGGACAUCGACGCCGUCAUCAGCCUCAUUCAUCAAUACCAAUGGGAAUGAGUAUUCCCCUUGGUGAAAUAAUUCCCGAUGAGUUGCAAGAAACUGAAACUAUUACACUGUGUGCCACAUCGCAGAAUACCUGUUGUUGUGGCCAAAAAGAUCCGCAACCCUGCGGCGGUAGAGUGAAAUUGAAUAUGCGAACUGAAAGUACUGGCAGUUCGGCAGGUGGCCAUGGUGCCGAACAAACAUCACAUUCAACAUGUCACCAUUGUAUGAAAACCUUAGAAAUCAGCUCAAUAAAAACUCAAAUAGGUGAAUUAACUCAACGUAUCGACACACUAGAAACGAAUUUGCAUAAAGACAUUCGUACAAUUCUCGACAUUCUGCAUCAACAACAACAAAUGCAAUUGACGCUGCAUCAGCAACAAUUGCAACAUCAAUUAGAACAGCAACAACAAUUGCAACAUCAACAACAAUUGUUAGCUAGCAAACAACAGAUCACAACAUCCUAUCAGCCGUCCGAAAGUGAUUUCUCAUUUGAUUUAUGUGGAGCAAUCACAACUGAUAAACCUCAACAAACGACAUCAACUCAACUCCAAUUACAACAACAAUUACAACUUCAACAACAACAACAAUUACAACUUCAACAACAGCAACAACAACAGCCACUACAACAUCAACUACAACCACAUCCACAUCCAUCACCACAUAUGCAACAGCCAUCAUCAUCAUCAAUCACAGCUUCAUUACAACAACAACGAACCAAUGUACAGAGAUCUGUUUCGCAGCCCGAAUGUACGGUGGCAACCGGUGCUGACAAAAGUUUGUUCAGGUGCUCAAAAUACUCAUCGUUCAACCAAACAAUGGAUGAUACUGAAAAUUGGACAACAGUUUUUGCACCAAUUGCAAAAUUAGAAUCAUUAGACGAAAUAGAUCAAGUAUGAUCCAUGUGAUUACCAUAAAAAUCAACCAGCAAACAGUUACAACCAACAAAAUAAGAAAACCAAAAAUAAAAAAUUAAAUUAAAAAAAA